AUGCCGAAUAAAAUUGAUUGUGCUGGUUGCCGUAAUCCAAUUGUGGCAAAGAAACAUCUUCAAUGCAGUAGGUGUCAACAACCCUACGACCUCCAAUGUGCAAACAUUAAAUUGAGCCAAUUUAAUAGCAUGGCAGAAGAUCAAAGGGCUAAAUGGAAAUGUGUGGUAUGUAUUAGUAAACAGCCGAAAACCGAUAACACAGAUACCCCUGUACGUGUGGGUGUAGAAGGGGUCAAUAGAAAUAGAGGUGCAGCAGCGGUGAGUCCUCAGGACUUAUUAGAUGACGACAGAGCGCAGAGUGAAACUAUGCCAGCAAAAGAUCUACAACUGCUUAUAAUGGAAGUACGUCAAUUCAAAGAAGAAAUGAGAGCCACACGUCUCCAAAUGGAAUUACUGAAUGGCACUUUGGCUGCUCUGGCGCUCAGAAUUGAUGAAUCCGAUAAGAAAAUUGAAAAGAUAGAAGCCCGUGUGGAUCUUCUGGAAGAUCGUCAUGCUGAUAGUAGUACGUCGACCGAUGUUCGUUCUUUACUGGAUACAAUUGAGCAACUUAAGUGUGAUUUGAAUGAGCGUGAUCAGGAACUAUUGUGUAAUGAUAUAGAGAUCACUAGCAUCCCUGAAGAGAAGGGUGACAACUUAAUACACAUUGUCACCACUUUGGCCGUGAAGUUGGGUGUCAAGCUUUCUGAGAAUGAUUUAGUCAGCGCCACACGCGUGGGAACAAAAUGUGUCCUCGGAAACUGUGCCGGAGUCACGUCCGAGGCCUAUAGUUGUGAAGCUCGGCAGACGCGCUCUUAA